UGGCAUGGGUGGGUCCGCCGGCACAUCACCUAUAUAUACCGUACACUGGCCAAUUUGGGUACAUUCGUCCACCGGUCCUACCCCAACACACAGACAUGGCAUACAAGUUCAUCCUCCUCGCCGCCUGCGUGGCUGCCGCUAACGCUGGUCUCUAUGGCGCUCCCGCCGUGGUCGCCCCUGGCCCCGCCGUCAGAGCCUACGCCGCCCCAGCCUACGCCGCCCCCGCCUACGCCGCCCCCGCUUACGCCGCCCGUGCUUACGCUGCCCCAGCCUACGCCGCCGCCCCCGUCGCCAGGUACGCUGCUCCCGUUGCCGUCGCUGCCCCCGCAUACGCCAAGACUGUCGUCGAUGCUGACUACGACCCCAACCCUCAGUACAGCUACGCCUACGACAUCAAGGACGCUCUGACCGGAGACUCCAAGAGCCAGCAGGAGAGCCGCAACGGAGACGUUGUCCAGGGAUCCUACAGCCUUGUCGAGCCUGACGGUUCCGUCCGUACCGUUGAGUACACCGCCGACCCCCACAACGGAUUCAACGCCGUCGUCCACAAGUCCGCCCCCGGUGCCCACGCUCCCGUGGCUUACGCCGCCGCCCCCGUCGUCGCUAAGGUUGCCGCCCCCGUCGCCUACGCCGCCCACGCUCCCGUCGUCGCACACGCUCCCUACUACGGUUAAGUCAUCGUUACCUGAGUGAAGCUCAAUUCAUACAUCAUUUUGUAAAUGUCUCAUUAUUUAUUAGAGUGUAUGUUUUAAAUACACUAAAAUAAAGUUAUGUUUGCGGAAACAA